CCUGCGUUGGUUAGAGAUGAAAUAAACCACUAGAAGGCUAGAAGCCACAAACAACAAAAGACUCAGAAGUGAGAAGAACCCAGCCUUUUCAUUAGAGAAAAACAAUGAUUCUGCGUAGAAGGACCCUUUUGGCUUACAAUAAAAAUGCAAUCUUUCACUCUCUCUCAACUCAAUCAACAACCGUCCAAACCCCAUAUCGUAAAACUCCAAUACCACCCCAAGAUUCUGAUACUCUCAACAAACUCAACCACAAAGACUGGUUAGCACCAUGUGAGGUUUUGAAAAUUACCAGUGCAAUCAAAAACCCCACUUCGCUCAUCACAUUCUUGGACCAGUACUCUAAACGAAAAGACUAUAAACCCAAUGAAGCUCUUUACACUUUGGUCAUCAACAAGCUUGCUCAGGCCAACAUGUUUGAUGCCAUUGACUAUGUUAUGCAAAGAAUCAAUGCCGAAAGGCAUUGUUGUCGGUUAUCUGACGAGUUUUUCUAUAAUGUUAUCAAGAUUUACGGCAAUGUUGCUUGUCGAACAAGCAAAGCAAUCGAUACCCUUUUCGAUAUGCCAAAGUAUAAUUGCUGGCCUAGUGUGAAAACCUUUAACUUUGUGCUCAAUAUGCUUGUUUCGGCGAAACUGUUUGAUGUUGUUCAUGAUGUGUAUAUGCGUGCUCCUCAGUUGGGUAUUGAGAUUGAUGCUUGUUGUCUUAACAUACUCAUCAAAGGGUUGUGCGAGUGUGGGAAAUUGGAGGCCGCACUCUACGUGCUUGAUGAAUUUCCUAAGCAAAGGUUGAGGCCAAAUGUGAGGACAUAUUCGACACUAAUGCACGCAUUGUGUGAUAAUGGGAAGGUAGGGGAAGCAUUUGGUUUGUUUGAGAGGAUGGAAAAGGAAGGGAUUUAUCCAGAUACGAUCACAUACAAUAUUUUGAUAUCAGGGCUUAGGAAAGAAGGGAGAGUUGAAGAGGGUAUGGAGCUUUUAGAGAGAAUGAAGUACAAAGGGUGUUAUCCGAAUGCAGGAUCUUAUCAGGAGGUUUUGUAUGGAUUACUUGAUACCAAGAAGUUUGUUAAAGCAAAGGAGUUUAUGGGUAGGAUGAUCUUGGAGGGUCUAAGUCCAAGUUUCAUGUCUUACAAGUUAUUGAUUCAGGGGCUUUGCAAGGACAAGUUAUUUGGUGAUGUGGAUUGGGUAUUGAAGCAGAUGGUGCAGCAAGGUUUUGUUCCAAAGAUGGGGAUUUGGAAGCGGAUUCUCAGAAGUAUGUUUCCAGGAAAGAACCGAGAUAGCAGUAUUUCUUUUGAGGAAAUUGUAGGGAAUUAGCUAAUUUGAAAAUCAUGAGCGUUGUGGUGAAAAGAGCAUGAUCUCAUCAUGAUUUUGCAUACACAAUAUGGUCCUUUAGAGAGUUCUAGUUACAGAACUGCUACCAACAACACAGAGGAAAUUGCACAACUAGCUGUAAGGAAAACAAACUACAUUGAUCCUUGAAUUGUAAGACUACACAACUGAAACAAGCUACAAGUUCAGUACACCUGAUGGCUACUACUAUGCACCUAUCUUUAAUCAAACCAUUUUUAUCCACACUUUUUUGCAAAGCUGCUGAGUCUGUACUUCGUCAAAAGAUAAGCUGCAGAAUGGAAUUUUUAUCCUUA